CGUUCUUGUCUCCUCCCAAAGCUUCAUCUCUCUCUACCAAUUAGUAUCAAUUUAUCAUUUUAUUUAAAAAGAAUAUCUCUUUCACAUAAAAGAAGAAAAAUAAAACUCUUCCGCCUCGUUCUUCUCCCUCUGUCUCUCUCUCUCCUUCUCUCUUCUGAGCUUUACUCAAGCUUUCUUCCUCCCAUGGCAACUCUAUCUCAAGUCAUUAUCUAGCUUUCAUUUUUUUAUUACUUACCUUUUACACUUUUUUUAUGGAUAUUGGGACUCAUUUUCUCGGGUCGUUAACUAGUAAUGAUAACGGCUCACCGGGUCAAAAAGAGCUUGGAGGAUCCAAACAAGACAGAUCCGGAUUCGACGGUGAGGAUUGCUUGCGGCGAAGCUCGAAGCUAGCUAGAACCACAACAGAAGAAAACUUCUCUUCUUCUCCUUACGCAGCUGCGUGUUGCAAAACGAUGUCGUUUCACCAAGGCAUUCCUCUUACGAGAUCUGCUUCUCUUCUCCCCUCUGACUCUCGCCGGCAAGAACACAUGCUCAGCUUCUCAGAUAAACCAGAAGCUCUGGAUUUCAGUAAAUAUGUCGGCUUGGAUAACAAUUACAGUAACAAGAGCUACCUCUCGCCGUUUCUUCACCAGAUUCCGCCUCCUUAUUGUAGAAGCUCAGGAGGAGGAUAUGGCUCUGGUGGAAUGAUGAUGAACAUGAGCAUGCAAGGAAAUUUUAGUGGUGUGAAAGGACCUUUUACAUUGACUCAAUGGGCUGAGCUAGAGCAACAGGCGUUGAUCUAUAAGUAUAUCACAGCCAAUGUCCCUGUUCCUUCUAGCUUGCUCAUCUCUAUCAAGAAAUCCUUUUAUCCUUAUGGAUCUAUGCCUCCCAGUUCUUUCGGAUGGGGAACUUUCCACCUUGGUUUCGCCGGCGGUAACAUGGAUCCUGAGCCAGGGAGAUGCCGUAGAACCGAUGGGAAGAAAUGGAGAUGCUCAAAAGACGCUGUUCCUGAUCAGAAAUACUGUGAGAGACACAUCAACAGAGGCCGUCACCGUUCAAGAAAGCCUGUGGAAGCCCAAACUGGCCAGACCGCUGCUGCUGCGUCCAAAGCGGUUCCAACGCCGCAACGACCUUUGGUCGCUGGUGGCAGUAACAAGAGCAACAAUGCCCGUGCAUCACGUAACCGCAGCCUCGCCGAUGGAGCUCAAUACAUCAAUCCUUCUACAGAUUCUCUACCUAACAACAGAGUCCGGAGUCCAGUAGGAAGCUCGUUGUAUCCAUCCACAGUCGAUAUACAACCCAAGGAAUCUCCAGUUGUUCAUCAGAAACACAGGAACAACAACUACAACAGUCCUUUUGAGUUUGGACACAUAUCCUCUGUUUCAUUACUAAACCCGAACUCCGCAAAGAGCUUCGGAUCAUCAUCGUACCUGGAGUUUAGCAGCAACCAAGAUAAGCAUCCAGGAAACCAACAUCACAGCUCAUGGCCUGAAGAGCUGAAAUCGGAUUGGACGCAGCUUUCGAUGUCAAUCCCAAUAGCAUCAUCUCCUUCCACCGCGACCAACACUGGCCAAGAAGACAGAGUCACACUCUCGCCUCUCAGGCUAUCCCGCGAGCUUGAGCUUUCGAUCCAGACCGAGGAAACACGCGAGCCUGUCAAAAAGGCGAACUCUUGGAUUCCGAUCUCGUGGGGAAACUCCUUGGGAGGUCCUCUAGGCGAAGUACUUAACAGCACAACGAAUAGCCCCACUUUUGGAUCUUCUCCUACAGGGGUUUUGCAAAAGUCUACGUUUUGCUCACUCUCUAACAGCAGCUCUGUAAGCAGCCCCGUUGCAGAGAACAACAGAAACAAUGGCGACUACUUCCAUUACACAACCUGAUUAGACUAGUCCUGAGGAGGUGGAAAAGCAGAAGCUCUGUUUUUUUGUUUUGUUUUAUUGUUCCUUAACUUGAUGCAUUGUUCUCUGUUGUGUUUCUUUCUAAGCUUAAAGAGGAAAUUAGAGGAGAGGAAAAAGAUAUAUCGUUGUUCUAUCAAAACUCGAUUCUUUUCUUCGUUUCCGAGUUUUGAAUCUGUAUUUGUUUCGUAAUGAUCUAAUAUAUAAUCACAAUCUUGAUUCUAAUCAUGAAAUAGAA